GCCCGUGGACCUGGCCAUGCGGCUCUGCCUGAGCCACUCGCCCCCCAUCCGCAAGCUGCUGAACUCCUAUGAGGAGCUGCGGGGCAACCGGGGGCGCAAACCCCUCCGAUCCUGUCUCAACCAGAAGCUGAGCCCAGAACCUGAGCCCGAGCGGCAAGAUAGCACCAAGAGCUCCAAGGGCCAGAAGAAGAGAGUCGUGUUUGCUGACAUGAAGGGGCUCUCGCUGACGGCUGUCCGCUUCUUCUCAAAGAUUGAGGAGGACCUCUGUGACUUGCAGCAUGCCCUGUCUGACCUUGCCUGCUUCCGACCUAGACUGCGGGACUCACACCCAGAAGUGUGCAGGUAUGUGCUGGACUUCCCACAGCCCUCUGCAGACUACACCACUUUCCGCAGCCGCCUACACAGCAACCGUGUCUGCCUGGAGAACUGCCUGAUCCAGGACCGUGCCCUGUCAGGGACAGUGAAGGUCAGAAACAUUGAGUACGAGAAGAAAGUCGUGGUCCGCAUCACCUUUGAUGGCUGGAAGAGCUUCCGGGACAUCUCCUGCCAGUACAUGCAUAGCACUUACAGCUCAGCUGACACAGACACCUUCUCUUUUGAGCUUGCCCUGCCCAAGCCAUCUGUCUCCUGCAGGGCCACAGAGUUCUGCAUCUCUUUCCAGUGCGGACAGGAGACCCACUGGGACAACAACCAUGGGAGGAACUACAAGAUCUGCCACGUGGGCAUGAUCCGCCCUCCCUCCCAUGCCGUGAAGAGUGCCAACAGGGCCUGGGAGCAUCUUGGCACCUCUCGGGCUGCCACCCUGGUCCUUUCUCACCUGCAGACCUGGCGGCACUCAGAGACCCAGGCUCCUUAUUGGUAG